AGUAUCUAUUCAUAGAGCACAGUAGGCAAAAGCCCAGUAGACAGGAUUACUGGUCUGAGUGCACAGUUGGAGUGAAACAAGCAUUCCCGGCUUGUCACCAUUUCAGCGCUGCCUGUGUUUUGUGUGUGGUUCUGUCUUGUCUUAGUCUUUCUUAUACAUCACACAAACAUAAACCAGUGUUUAUAGUAUCCUUGUCACUAUGGCCUCCAUGGAUGAAGAGCUGACCUGUUCUGUGUGCCGAGACACCUUCAGCCAAUCCCAGCCCCUGCCCUGUGGUCACAGCUUCUGUCCUGCCUGUGUCCGGGAGGCCUGGAGCAGCCAGGGUGAAGGAAAAGGUCGCUUCACCUGUCCCCAGUGUCAGGAGGAGCACGGCGAAGUGCUGUGCGACUGCUGCCCUCCCGAAGCAGAGAAAGGACAACCGCCGUUGGCAGUUAAGACCUGCCUGAGGUGUGAAGUGUCGCUGUGUGCCGAACAUCUCCGGCCUCAUCUUGAGAGACCGGUGUUUAGCACACACCUUUUGGUGGAUCCGCUGGGCGAUCUGUCCCAGCGAAGGUGCCCGGCGCACACAGAGCUGUUCCGCUACUACUGUGCUGAUGAGAGAGUGUACGUGUGUGGCGACUGUCUGCUGGAAGGAGGCCACGCUCAGCACAAAGUGAAAGCACUGAGGCACGUGGAGGAUGAUCUGAAGGUCAUUCUUCAGACACUGCUUAUAAAAGCAGAGGAAAAACUGAAAGAUGGGGAGCGAAUCCUCAAAGAGCGUGAGAACAUCGAUUCCACCAUGGCAGAUUCUCUGAGGCAGGACGAUGCCCAGGUGGAGCAGCUGGGCUCAGACCUGCAGGUCCAGGUUAACAAGCUGGUGGUGGCACUGAGAGACAUCACCAAGAACGAGAGGCAGCAGGUCAUGGAUCGUGUGCAUGAAGACUCCUCUAAAGUGAGGGACCACAUGCACCAGACCCUAAGAAUCCAGCACUAUCUGGCCUUAUUGCUGUCAGAGACAGACCCUUUCCUGCUCAUCUGGGCCUUUCAGUCAGAUGACACAAAGUUAUUAGCUGAGCUGAACAGUCCACUUUACAUCCCUGAUCCCAUCAGCGCAGACAGGAAGCAUAUUCUGGAGGACAUCGAGAGCAAGUACCGCGAGUUCAUCACUGCUACCCUACGCUGUCUCAGUGAACUCAAGAGGGAACUCUUAACCAGUCCCUUGAGUCUGGACACCAACACAGCUCAUCCUCUGUUGAGCAUCUCAGAUGACCUGCGCUCAGUUACACGAGUUAAAAACCGCCUGCCCUGCGCUGCUCAUCCCGAACGUUUCGACCACUGGCCACAGGUCCUCACCGUCCAGACCUUCUCCUCUGGGACUCACUACUGGGAGCUGGAAGCCGAGGGAUUCUGGGAUGUGGGCAUCUGCUACCGAAGUAUUGGACGGAAGGGCAAAGAAGGCAAUGCAUUUGGGAACAACAAGGUUUCAUGGAGCUUGACACAGCAGCACGAUAAAAAGCUAGCUGCCUGGCACAACCGCAGGAAGACCCGCCUCACAUACCAAAUGACUGGGAACCGCGUUGCUGUAGCCGUGGACUACAGCUCAGGCACCAUCACCUACUCAGAGGUGGGACCGUCUAACAACCUGAUCCACCUCCACACUUUCUCCACCACCUUUACUCAGCCGGUGUGCCUGGGCUUUGGACUCUACAAAGCUGAGCUCAACAGCCGGAUCACUAUUGUUAAAGUCUGAUGUGAUGAAGAGGACAGCCGGGAGGAUGAUGAUGAUGAACUCCGUGCUGUUUUGGCCACUCCAAAAUAAAGUGCUGUUGUUUUUUUUCCCGUCUGUGUAACUUACGCAAACCUCUGUUGGAGUCUUUGCCGUGAGCUGCUGUUUCUCUGCUCCCUGCUCUAAAACAGAGCUUUACCUCUUCCUCACCAAAGAGACAAAACUGUGUCUUCUAAAGCUGCGAUCAGCUGACAUGUGAAAACAUUUCCAGAAGACACCCAAAGGGAAUUUGAUACUUCCCUAAACACUAGAUGGAAAGGCUCAUUUUAAAGGGGACCAAUUAUGUCAAUUUCCAACUAAAUAUUUUUAUAUUAUAUGUUGGACAGUGUUAGAGUAUCACUGCAGUGCAAAAUAAUCCAAAUGCAGCCCCUCAGUUCAUCCUCUGAAACAAGUUGUUCUAGAUUCGCUCUUCUUUCCUAAAGCCAACAAUUUUCCUCACAGAGAAGAAGAAUGGAGGGUGGAGCUUCUGUACUUUGCGCUUCAAAUGACCAUAUUAGGAAUAUCUGCUCACUGUGACAUCAUACAGAGCCAAGAGUACAAAAAAAGCAGUCUAAAGUUGUCCAUUUAGAUCAGCUUGCAGCCAUUGUUCAGCACUUUGAUUCCACAGCAAUUAGAAAUAAGGAUGGCCUUUGUUUAUAAAGUAAUGUAGUUAUAGAAAAGCUGGAAAUUUGUUUGGCUGAUAUUAAUAAGAUAAACUUGAACCUUUUUCUCACUCCAGCCUUUCUUAAACAUCUCUGAAGCUCUACCUCUGUUUUGUGAUUUCCUGUCUGUAUCUAGGAGUGUCUAGACAUUAAGUGCAUGAUCAAAGAAAAGCACAAAAGCAGCAUCUUUAUGGAUCAAACGGUGCUGCGGAUCCAGGAAUCCAGCUCUAUUUACCACAUGCAUAAAGACCUGGAAAUAAAUCUUGCUGUCUUGAAGAUGA